AUGGUAUUAACAGUUUUAGCUCUAGCUGGAGCAACAGUAGGAUAUCAACGAGGCGACUCAAAAACUAUGCAAAAGUUUUUAAGAUUUCGUGUACUAGCUCAAGGAUUUACUGUAGCAGCAGCUGUUGGUGUACCAGCUUAUUAUAAAAUAGUUCUUUCACAAAGGGCAAAAAAUUUUUUUGAAAAAAUGGCCGAACAAAACCAAGCAAUUUCAAAUACUGAAGGUGGCUUUUGUACUGCAACAGAAACCCCUUCCAUUUCAACAUUGUCUCCGGAAGUAAAACAACGUAUAGAGGAGAAUCGUCGCAAAGCGAAGGCCAUACAGCUGGAAAAGAAGUUACAAAAUGGAUCAAUGUCAACUAAGCAACAGAAUACAGAAUCAACAGCUAAUACGACUGAAAAUAAUACAGAGUCGACAGCUAAUACAACUGCAAAUAAACCCGAGGAAAAGCUGCGUCCAAUGAAAAAAUUUCAAAAUUAUGUGGAUUAUGAUUUUUCUAAAAUGGAAAAUACUCAUGGUGGAUUUUUACUUGAAGAUUCGGAAGAAAAUUCAAAAAAACGAAAGCGCAGAGAACUUGAACCAGAAGAUCCACCGAUCAAUCCUAAUCUUUCUGAAAAUCCAAGAUGCAAGGAAUGCCAAACUGUAGAAAUUGAUUAUCAAUUUCAUCGUACAUUUCACAUAAAUAUCUGUAAAACUUGUCGUGAAAAGUUUCCUCAAAAAUAUAGUUUAUUAACAAAGACUGAAGCAAAGGAGGAUUACCUAUUAACAGAUGCUGAAUUAAAGGAUGAAGAGCGUUUGCCACAUUUGUCAAGGCCAAACCCACAUAAAUCGACUUGGAAUGAUAUGAUGUUAUAUCUUCGAGAACAGGUGGAAGAGUUCUCUUUUGAAAAAUGGGGAGGAGCAGAAGCACUUGACAAAGAAUUUGAAAAACGUCAGAAUGAGAAAAAAAAGAGGAAGGAUAAGAAAUUUAAAACAAAGCUUGCAGAUCUUCGAAAGCGUACAAGAACUGAAGAAUUAGAAAAGAAUAGAUACAAUGAACAUAAACAUGAAUUCGGAACGGCAGUCGAAGAUCCUAAAACUGGAGUAUCAACUCAGACAUGCAGUUCAUGUGGAAUAAGUAUCGAAUUGGAUAUGGAGAGUGGGGCUAUGCAAAAGAUAAUGAAUGUCAUAAUGUCUAAUGUAGAAUUUUAA